UCCGCUAGUUGGCUGACGGGGGAACUUGGGGUUGCGCGGCCGCGCUUCCGCCCUUGGCCGACUGUGGAGCCGAGGCAUGGAGGCGGGUUAGCCCCCGGCGCGAGGCCGAGCAGGCGGUGAGGAGAACGGCGGGCUCGAGGCUGCAAGCCCGGCGGGCCCGAGUGCGCUCGCGGCUGAAAUGUUCUUUGCGGAGCCAGAGUCUGGGUGUAUAUGAAUGCAGAUCCUCACCCAUUCCCAAAUAAAUCCAGGCAUCUCAACUGAGAGGAUCACUUCUCUGUAGGCCAUCACCUCAGGUGCAGAAUGAGUACAUGUUGUUGGUGUACCCCAGGGGGUACUUCCACCACUGACUUCCUGCAACGCUAUGCAUCCAAGACCCGCUCCAGUGAAUUUCAGACAGCUGAUGAAGACCUCUGCUACUGCUUGGAGUGUGUGGCUGAAUACCACAAAGCAAGGGACGAAUUGCCGUUCUUACAUGAGGUUUUAUGGGAAUUAGAAACCUUACGUCUCAUAAAUCACUUUGAAAGAUCCAUGAAGGCAGAAAUUGGAGAUGAUGAUGAGUUAUAUAUAGUAGACAACAACGGAGAGGCACAGCUGUUCGACUUCACUGGCCAAGACUUUGAAAAUAAGCUUCGAGUUCCUCUUCUUGAAAUACUGAAAUAUCCAUAUUUGCUUUUACAUGAGCAUGUCAAUGAAUUAUGUGUUGAAGCACUUUGCCGGAUGGAACAAGCUAAUUGUUCCUUUCAAGUUUUUGACAAACAUCCAGGGAUCUAUCUAUUUUUGGUUCAUCCCAAUGAAAUGGUUCGGCGUUGGGCUAUCCUGACUGCAAGAAACUUGGGGAAAGUGGAUAGAGAUGAUUACUAUGACUUACAGGAGGUUUUGACUUGCCUUUUUAAAGUUAUUGAGUUGGGACUUUUAGAAAACCCAGACAUUUAUACUUCUUCUGUCCUUGAGAAGGGUAAACUGGUUCUUCUGCCUUCACACAUGUAUGAUACUGCCAACUACAAAAACUAUUGGUUAGGUAUUUGCAUGCUGCUUACCAUUCUUGAGGAGCAAGCCAUGGAUUCACUGUUGUUGGGCUCAGAUAAACAGAAUGAUUUUAUGCAGUCAAUACUUCAUACCAUGGAGAGGCAAUCAAAUGAUGAUAGUGUGGAUCCUUUCUGGCCAGCGUUACACUGUUUCAUGGUGAUUCUGGAUCGCCUUGGAUCUAAGGUCUGGGGUCAACUUAUUGAUCCUAUUGAAGCAUUUCAAACCAUUAUUAACAACGUGAGCUACAAUAGAGAGAUCCAGAACAUACGGAACAGCUGUAUGAGGACCAAGUUAGAACCGGAGUCAUAUUUGGAUGAUAUGGUGACUUGCAGCCAGAUUGUAUACAAUUAUAACCCUGAAAAGACCAAAAAGGAUUCAGGGUGGAGAUCAGCCAUUUGCCCCGAUUAUUGUCCUAACAUGUAUGAAGAAAUGGAAACAUUAGCUAACGUGCUCCAGUCAGAUAUUGGUCAGGACAUGCGUGUUCAUAACAGCACAUUUCUGUGGUUCAUCCCUUUCGUGCAAUCCCUCAUGGACCUGAAGGAUCUGGGUGUGGCUUACAUAGUGGAGGUUAUUCACCAUCUGUACUCUGAAGUCAAAGAUGUUCUCAACCAGACAGACGCUGUGUGUGACAAAGUCACUGAGUUUUUCCUUCUGAUUUUGGUGUCCGUGAUUGAACUGCAUAGAAAUAAAAAAUGUCUACAUUUGCUGUGGGUUAGUUCCCAGCAGUGGGUGGAGGCUGUGGUGAAGUGUGCCAAGCUACCGACCACAGCGUUUGCACGGAGUUCCGAGAAGUCAUCUGGAAACUGUUCGAAGGGCACAGCAAUGAUAUCAUCCCUGUCACUGCAUUCAAUGCCCUCCAACUCUGUGCAGCUGGCUUGUGUGCAGCUGAUUAGAAGUCUCCUGAAAGAAGGCUAUCAGCUUGGGCAGCAGACUCUCUGUAAACGGUUCCGGGAUAAACUCAACUUGUUCCUGCGAGGGAAUUUAUCUUUAGGUUGGCAGUUGACUAGUCAGGAAACCCAUGAGCUACAAACUUGUUUAAAGCAAAUUAUUAGGAACAUAAAAUUCAAAGUACCUCAGUUUAGCACUUCUGUGGAUCUGAAUCCUGCAUGUAAGACGCCUCCUGCAUCUUUUAAAGAAGAAAGUGAACAAAUAGGGAAGAAGUCUGAAAAAGAUGUGUACUGUCUGGAAAAUUCCAGCCCAACAUCUUCUAAAGAACCAAUGAAAGCUGAUGCAUAUCAAGUGCAAGAGAGUAUUUUGAGCAAAGCAAAUAAUGCCAUAGAAGAGAGUAAAGAGCCAUGUUAUAUAAAAGAUUUGAAACUAGAAGGCCACCUCUCAGCUGAGUCAUGUUUGAAGCUGAGUAGUAAAAACCUUGCCUGUGAAAGAGUUCAAAAUCAAGUUAAAAUAAGUACAGGGAAAUAUAAGUCUGUAAAAGAGAAUUCCUCAUGUACCCCACAGGAUGGUACUUUAAGAAAUGGUCCAGAAAAAGUAUUUGACAGAGGAAUAAUAAUAUCAAGGCGCUUAUUGACUGUUUCUAGCACGGAUUCUAUGGAAAAAGUGUCUGCCUCCAAUGAGGACUUCUCUUUAAAGGAUGAUGAUCUUGGCAAAAGCUCAACAGCAAAAUCUAAGACACAUAAAGAUGGAGUCUGUGCUAAGUUGUCACAUGUAAUAAAAAAGCAACACAGGAAAAGUAUCAGUUUAGAGGAAAACCUGGCUGUAUCUAGCAUUGAGGGUUUCUAUUCAGAGAAAGAUAUAGGAGGUCAGAAAGGAGGUGGGAACAUAUGCACUCCUUCUUUAGUCCCUAAUGGUAUUCUGGAUGAUAAAAAUGGAGAACAAAAAUCUCAAAGCUGUUUAUUGCUGAGAAAGAAAGAAGUAAAGAAAGAAAAGUUAGAUAUUUUUUCUACCCCUGAAAACAGUUGUCAAAUACAGGAAUGUCAUGUUGAUACCAAAGAUUUGGUCUCACUCACAGAAAUGACCAAUACUUUCAUGACGAAAGCAUCUCCCUUUAAAGAGCCUGUGACUGGGCAUGAAUUGAGAGAUAGGAAAAUUAGUAGGAGCACUGAUCAAUUUUCUUCUAAUUUAAGAGAACAGGACCUUAGCAGCAGUCCCCAGCCUGACACCUUAACAGAUUCUCAGGUAGAUAGAGACCUCCACAAAUUAUCUUUAAUGGCUCAAGCCAGUGUUACUAAGUUCCCAUCAGAUUCAACUCAAAAAAGUUUAUCCCAAAUACAAAGAAAAGUAAAAGAUGAGAAAAGAUGUUUCACAGCAAACCAAAAUAUCAGGGAAACCUGCCAUGGACAGGUUAUUAUUAUUUCAGAUUCCGAUGAGGAGGAGGAGGAGGAAAGAAUCCUGGGUUUGAAGGAACAAAUGAAAGAGAUCAAAGCAUGCAUUGAGAAAGAAUGUCCAGAGCAACAUACUUCAAUAGCUAACACAAAUGUGGAACAGAAGGUAUUAAUAAAGGAAGAAAAUCCAAUGUCCCUUUUGCAGUUUGAGGAAUCUGAUUCUCAGUUUUUUGAGUUUGAGACUCCAUGUGAAGUGUUUUCAGUUUGGCAUGAUCAGAAACCAGACAAGAAUUCAGCUCAAGAGAAUGAGAAAAAUCCAUGCUCGACUCCUGUGGGUGAUACUGCAAAUGAUUUGGGUUAUGAGACAGAUUAUGUAUCUGAAGAGGUCAUUAAAAAAGUAGCAGAGAACUUUGAAGAGCGCACAAAACCACGUAGUAGUAGUACUUCUGUUGAGGAAUUUUGUGAAAUUGAAGUAAAAAAACCCAAGAGAAGACGGUAUGAAAAACCUAUAGCUGAAGAUCCUCUAAGGCCUUCAUCUUCUGUCAAAAAUGAGGACCAGUCAAACAAGGGGAAUCUGAGUAAAAAUGAUUUUAAAGGUGUAGACCCAAGAGCUACAGUUCCCAGUUCAAGUGUUCAGAGAAACGCUGCGGUUUCCCCAAAGAAGUCUCUUCCAAAGCCUCGCACGUAUUCCAGACCUGUCAGGAAAGUUCCAGUGGUUAAAGCUUCUAAGAAAUCCCCUUCAGAUACCAAGAAAGGACAGAGUAAAAGCUCCCAUUACAUAAGCUGUAGAACAACUCCUGCUAUUGUGCCGCCAAAGAAAUUUCGCCAGUGUCCCGAACCAACUUCAACAGUUGAGAAACUUGGCCUGAAAAAGGCUCCUCGUAGGGCGUUUGAAUUGUCCCAGCGAUCUUUAGAGUGUAUAGAUCAGCUACGUGACCAUGGCAGAUCUGUUGGAGUAGUGGAUACCCGGAAAAAGACAAAGUUAAUUUCUCCUCAGACUCUCUCUGUCAGAAAUAAUAAGAAACUGCUGACGAGUCAAGACCUUCAGUUGCAUAGGCAGAUGAGAUCCAAAUCACAACACAACAGACAAGGACGUUUUGAUUGUCGAAGUACAGAUAAGACACGAGCAGGGCCAUGUGCUGCACAGAGCUCUGCUGUGCCGGAGUCAAGUAAGUCAGAUUACAGUCAUCACGGAGGAGCCGAGGUGACUGCUAACAAUAAGGGAAAACAAUUACUAACAUGUCAGUCUUCUGAAACAGAACCCGUGAAAGCAAACCAGUGUAAUCCUGUCAUGGUAAAUGGAAGAACAGCAACAACUGAAGCCAUUGUUCCUACCUCAGAGGCCCUGUUAGGCAGAGGUGACCCAACAGUCCAUCAUUUAGAGGUGGCGACUUUGAAAGAGGGAGAGCCUGAAUUCAGCAGUGACAUAGAGGAGGAGGAUAUAUUCUUAACACAGCGUGACCCUGAAGACAUGGAUUUAUGUUCACAAAUUGAGGGAGAGUAUGAUAAACUCAUUGAAGUCAUUGAUGGAAAAGAUACCGUGCAGGGAGAGGAAGAAUGUGUGAGGCAGCCUCAGUUGGAAUCUUUGAGUAGCACAAAAUGUAGGUACAAAGAUUGUGUUGAAACUCUGAAAAACCCGGGUGAAUACUGCUCAAAACACUCAAAAACUAAAGCCACAGAUGAAGAUACAUUUCGUAAACCUGGCUUGCCUCUGUCUGCAUCAAAACGUUCGAGACCUUCCACGACCAAGGUUUUUAGUUCAAGCAGUACUUCACGGAUUGCUGGUCUCUCCAAGUCUUUGGAAAGUACCGCAUCCCUCCCAUCAUGUCUGAAAAACAAGUCAAGUGGGGCACAGUCUGUUCUGAAAGGACCACAGCCACCCCUUCUGGUGUCUCUGAAGCCAGUGGCUGAAGUGAAAGGUCUGUGCAGUGUUUUCCCUGCUCAGACUCCAAAUAACUCCAACAGGCAAGUUUUGAGAGUUCCAUUUGGGGAAAGCAGAUCUUUUUUGACUUCCUCUCCAGUAAACAUUCUCACGUCGUCACAGUCCAUCUCUGAUACCUUUGUAAAAGAGGUCUUGAAAUGGAGAUACGAGAUGUUUGUGAACUUUGAUCAGUGUGGGCCCCCGUCGAGUCUGUGUCAGUCCAUCGCAAGACGGGUGCCUAUCAGGUUUCAAGACUGUGGAGAUUAUUUCAGUGUGUUUUUCCCUUUGAUGGUACUGAAUACUUUUGAAACAGUGGCACAGGAAUGGAUCAGCUCUCCAAACAAAGAGAAAUUCCAUCAGUUGCAUUUACGAAAAUUUCCUGGUGAUUAUAAAAAAUACUGGGAGUUUGUGGUUUAUCUUGAGGAAGGUGAACUAGCUAAACAGCUUCAUCCAAGGGAAAAUGAUUUGGUGUUUUUGGUUCCUGAAAGACUCAAUGAGGAGAAGAAAGAUUUAGAGUGGAGUCACCUGGAGGAUGCCUGUGAAUAUUACUGUGGCUAUGUUCAUAAAUUCCGCCGUACUUCAGUCAUGCAUAAUGGGAAAUCUGAGUGUUCGGUUUCCAUCCAGACUCAAGAUAAUUUACCAGUCAAUUUAAAUGAACUCGUGAAAUGCUUUGUAAUCAGCUCUCUGGUGACUACACAAAGGAAGUUGAAAGCCAUGUCUUUGCUGAGUGGUCGGAACCAACUGGCCAGAGCCAUUCUGAAUCCAAACCCCAUGGACUUCUGUACAAAAGAUUUACUAACUACAACGUCUGAGAGAAUUGUUGCCUACUUAAAAGAUUUCAAUGACGACCAGAAGAAAGCGAUAGAAACUGCAUAUGCCAUGGUGAAACACUCCCCGUCAGUUGCCAAGAUCUGUCUGAUUCAUGGACCACCUGGAACAGGAAAAUCAAAAACCAUUGUUGGCAUCCUGUACCGCCUGCUGACCGAGAACCAAAGGAGGGGGCAUUCAGAUGAAAACUCCAAUGCCAAAAUCAAGCAAAACCGUGUCCUCGUAUGUGCACCUUCCAAUGCAGCUGUUGAUGAACUUAUGAAAAAAAUUAUCCUUGAAUUCAAAGAAAAGUGUAAAGACAAGAAGAAUCCUAUGGGAAACUGUGGAGAUAUAAACUUAGUACGUCUAGGUCCAGAAAAGUCUAUUAAUAAUGAGGUCCUAAGAUUCAGUUUGGACAGUCAAGUUAACCACAGAAUGAAAAAAGACUUACCGUCUCAUGUUCAGGAGAUGCACAAAAGAAAGGAAUUUCUCGAUCGUCAACUUGAUGAACUUUCCCGCCAGCGUGCUUUAUGCCGAGGUGGAAGGGAAUCGCAGAGGCAAGAAUUAGAUGGAAAAAUUGCCAGAGUUUCAAAAGAAAGGCAGGAGCUUGCUUCUAAAAUUAAAGAGGUUCAAGGACGCCCACAGAAGACACAGAGCAUCAUCAUCUUAGAGUCGCACAUCAUUUGCUGCACGCUGAGCACGAGUGGUGGCCUGCUGCUCGAGGCUGCUUUCCGUGGGCAGGGAGGCGUCCCCUUCAGCUGUGUCAUCGUUGAUGAGGCUGGACAGUCCUGUGAAGUUGAAACUCUUACUCCACUCAUCCAUCGUUGCAACAAGCUUGUCCUCGUAGGAGACCCUAAGCAGCUCCCUCCCACAGUCAUUUCCGUGAAGGCACAGGACUAUGGCUAUGACCAGUCAAUGAUGGCCCGCUUCCACAAGCUCCUGGAGGAGAGUGUGGAGCACAACAUGAUUGGCAGGCUGCCUGUCUUACAGCUCACCAUCCAGUACAGGAUGCACCCGGACAUAUGCCUCUUUCCUUCUAGUUACGUUUAUGACGGAAUCUUGAAAACAAAUAGAGGGACAGAGACCAGUCGGUGCUCAUCUGACUGGCCAUUUCAACCCUACCUCGUGUUUGAUGUUGGAGAUGGCUUAGAAAGACGGGAUAAUGACUCAUAUGUAAAUGUUCAAGAGAUAAAACUGGUAAUGGAACUAAUUAAACUUAUUAAAGACAAAAGAAGGGACAUUAAUUUCCGAAACAUUGGCAUAAUAACCCAUUACAAGGCUCAGAAGACGAUGAUUCAGAAGGAUUUGGACAAAGAGUUUGAUAGAAAAGGGGCAGCAGAAGUAGAUACCGUGGAUGCCUUCCAGGGUCGUCAGAAAGACUGUGUUAUUGUUACAUGUGUCAGAGCAAAUGCCACACAAGGCUCAAUUGGAUUUCUGGCAAGUUUGCAGAGAUUGAAUGUCACCAUCACACGAGCCAAGUACAGCCUCUUCAUCCUGGGACACUUGAGAACCCUAGUGGAAAAUAGGCAUUGGUAUCACCUGAUUCAAGAUGCACAGAAGCGUGGCGCCAUUAUUAAGACUUGCGACAAGAACUACAGACACGAUGCAAUGAAGAUCCUGAAGCUCAAACCAUUGCUUCAGAGGAGCCUUACUCACCCUCCUGCUGUCGCUCCAGAGGCAUCCAGACCCCAGGGUGGCCUACCCAGCAAGCAAGAUGGUGAACUCAGCAAGACAUCUUUUGCUUCUUCCCUGUACCACUCACCCUCUGAUUCCAAAGAAGCCACAGUCACUGAGGCUGCAAAGGAUCCUGAAAGGCCACCCACUCAGGACCGGCUUCGGGACCCAAGACUGCUGCGGAGGAUGGGCUUAGCCUUUGAUGCCCAAGGAAUAAGCCUCAGGGAGCCGCAGCCCUUGAGCCCCCAGCAUUCCGGAGCAGCGCCUCCAUCAGGCGCGCCAGGCUGCCCUGGGAGUCCCCAGGAGCCAUGCACCGUCAGGCAGCAGGGAGUCACCCUGAACAGCCACAUGCCUCACACGCAGUGCGACUCUCCAGCCGCUGGUACUGACACUUCCACAAGCAAAAAGAAGUGUGACCAGGAAGAGGGGGUGCUCAGCCACAGGAGAGAGACCAGGGCCUUGAGUGAAGGGGAUCAGGAGUGGUGGGCGAGCUCCCACACAAAGAGGAACUCAGACUGGGAUGAGAGGGGCCUGGAGGAGGACAGCCACUCAAAGAAGAGACGGGUUUUAUAGUAUAGCCAAACAGCAGAGGCUGUUAGCCACAACCAUUGCUGCAGACCUCUGAUGACCAACUGACAGGCUUGUCCAGAUAAGACUGCUUUUUUCCUUACAGGAGUUUGUUGUUGUUGGAAAACAAAAUGUAUUAUAACACAUGGGCCUCUUGGUCCUUUUUGUCAGUUGUAAAAGCUUUCAGAGGACAUUUGUGUAUCAGUAAUUAUGUCUUUGAAGUAGGAGGCUUGCAGUGUUGAUCUCUUGUUCUUGUAGAAAAGGAGGUCAGCCUGGAGAGGUUGUAGAAGUUGGAAUGUAUAUUUGUAUAGCAAAUAACAAAAUCCUUUUAAAAUUUAAUCUGGUAGACGGCUUUUCUUUCCCCUGCUUAAAAUGUUAAUCAUUUUCAACAGAACAAACCUUAUAUUUAAAAAAAAAAAAGUGUGAGGAGGGCAGGUCCUUUAAACCAUUGUUAUGGCAAAACAGAUGUUUAACAGCCCAGGUAGUCUGGCAAGGAGCUGAGUUUAGUGCUGGUGGGUCAGAGGUCUCUAGUUCUGUUUUUUAAAAGCAGCUAGAGUCUGCUGGGGGAAACUUGGGAAGCAGAAGAUUACGUUAUUUUAAGUUGCACUGAUGACCUUUGUAGACCAGGCACCCUGACACAGGAUAGUGCAUUUCUGUGAUGAGUGCAUCUUCUAGUAGUGAGCACAUAGUUCUCUAGCUAAAAUUCUCAUUCUUCUUGAAUUAGGAGAAUAUGAAAUGAAAGUGUGGUUCUUGACAUGUCAUUCAGAUGCCCCCAGCAUAUCUUGAGUUUUCUGCAACUCGUGGGUUAGAAAUCCAGCGGUUGCCAAGUGCAAGAUCCGUGCCGAGGUGGCUUGCGUGAAAGCGUGCACUUCUUGGGUUGAGCCAGAAAACUGGGUGUUCUCCAUCUUCCCAAGGGGUUCUUGGGGACUUGAGACAAUAUUUUAGACAGGAAAGAGACAUCCUUUAAAAAGAGCAGGCUGGAAGAGCAGCGCAGGUACUUAGGAGUUCAGAACCAAGGAGAGAGUUGACAGGUUUCCUCUCGUCUCUGGAGACCAUUGUAAUUGAUGCAGAUACAGCGCUGUUGUGGGGCAUCUGGUUAGAGGGCUUGUGCUUCUGCGAAAGGAAGUGGCUGUGGUGGAUGGAGGUCUGGUGACUUGGAUGAGGGCGGGGCUGCCCAGUUUCAAAGUCUGGCUUUCCCUGCACACACACAGUGGUGCUAAAGUCUCACAGACACGAGCGUGUGUUAACAGUCAACCUGCAUUUGAAGCCGUGGUUGGUCGUGUACACCGUGCGGCACCCCAGCUAUGCGGGGGUAGCGAGCACAUCCCUGAGUGUGAACGUGUCUUUGCGAGCCCAUCCCUCUGAAGUGUCUUUGCUCUUCUGCUUUUUAAGCAGAAAGGGCUUUGUGUUUGUCAGAAAUUGUCCUGAAGCAGGUUAUUAAGAGCUUUAAAAGUGCGUUUGGUUGCCAACAGUUAAAACCCUCUACUUCUCUGUUCCUCUUGUCCCUCUCACUGGUGUCUAGGCCUCUGCUUGCCCCUCUCACUGGUUUCUAGGCCUCUGCUUGCCCCUCUCACUGGUAUCUAGGCCUCUGCUUGGGCAUGGAUACUCCCUGUCACCUGGGGAGCACGUGCUCUGUCCCCAGAGUCAGCCCCUGCUCCCCUGCCACGGAGGCGGGCUGAGCCCUGCUUGGGGCCAGGGCUUUGUAAGCUUCCUGCCUGGCCUUUGGCAAGAAAGCUCAUUAUUACUGUGUUUAUUUUCCUCCUGUCUUGGUAGAAUGCUUGAUUUAGCAGACAGUUGUAGUGAUCACGGUUUAGAGAGUCUAGAAGGUGUUAGCUUAUAGAAGAGGUGUGACGGACACAGCUGGGCCAGGAGCUUUCCCCACGCUGCUCACACAGCGUGAAUAUAAGGAAGGGUUUGUUGCCAGUUCUCACACGUCGUGUCCACCUUUUGGUUCGCCAUUCACCUAGUCUGGAAAUGCAAGAAGUAGCACAUCAGAAAAUCUGCUGAGCACGUGUGUCCUGACAGCCUCUCCCAGCAGAAAUGGCCAUACCAGACAUGGCGCUGGAGGCGCACUGUAGCUCCAGUUGGUAUGCUUGUGUGUCUGCACGAAGCACUUCGCGUGUACCGUGUGGCCUUUCUGAUUCAUUGUCACAGCAGGGUUGUUGAUGGGCGGUUAGUCUGCAAGUGAAAAAUAACAACUUGUUAGUUUUGUCCUUGCCAUGGCGUUAUAAGACAGUGCCCUGUCUUCUUUCAGUCUUAAUUCUUUCAACAUGAAAAUAUUCUACUUAAAAUCUUGUUUUGUUUCUUUGUAUAUGAUUUGCCUUGAAAUUACUGUGGGCAGUUUAUUUAGUUCUGUUUUCAUGCAUUAUCAGGAGCAGAUUUGAUAAGUACAUGUGAAGAACCUCCUGUAAAUGAGUUUUAUAACAAAAUUGUACUAAACUAUUUUCUAAACUCAGUUGUGCAGGUUUAUAGUUUUCUUUGCUGUAGUUUUCUUUCUAUGCCCUGAAUUCCUAACCAGGAUUUGGCAAACAAUAGCCGUGUUGUCUCUGUUAAGACCUGAAUAUUAAGAGAAAAUGGCAGAAUUAAAAGCAGAAACAAGAAA